CGUGAGGCACUGCACAUUGCUUCCUAUUCUCGGUGCCUAUUGAGCCGUAGAAUAUCGACUUCUGCUAGGGAACGCCAUCUCCUGCAUGAUGUUUUAAACCAUCUACGAACGUUGAAGCGACCUUCACAUCAUGUCGGAGCUCCUAGGUAUUGGAGGGCCUUUCACACGAGAACAAUCGUCCUCGUAUAACACGCACGACUUCGAGACCCUUUCUAAUCAGCCGACACCUGCCCCCUACGACUAUAUCGACAACGAGAGCUUUUUCACAAGAUCUCGAACUCGCCAUCUGGACGAAUUCGACUCUGACCUUCAAGGCCUUGGAUCUGUGUUCAGCGACGAUCUCGACAGCCCUCAACCAGAAUUAACUCCAUCGCUGAGACCCAGUGAGACUGACAGCCAGUCCACAGAGCAGGAUCCCGACUUGACUACAAGGACUCAUGUUUUGCAUGAAAUAUAUGUAGGCGAGGAGCCUCGAAGCUGCGACGUAAUCUUUGUUCAUGGACUCAAUGGGAACGCCUUUUCGACAUGGCAGUCCGGAGAUGUGCUGUGGCCUCGUGAUCUCCUUCCCCGCGACAUUCCCAACGCUCGUAUUUAUUCAUUCGGCUAUGAAGUCCCAAUUUGGUCUCUCUCAAAACCAACUCCUGCAGACACCAUUGCUGAAAAUCUACUUGCCGAAGUCGCAAAAAUACGUAGUGAUGAUACUCAUUUCGAUCGACCUUUAAUCUGGAUUGCGCACAGCUUAGGAGGUCUCAUAGUCAAAGGAGUAGGCACUUACUAUCCAUGAGGAGCUUGUAUAUUUAGGCUGACGAGACCUAGUGCCUUGCAUUGUCUACGAGCAAAAAGACCAUUGAGCCAGUUCAAGCCAGCAUCAGCGAGUCAACGAUUGGCGU